CUCUCCAAUCCGGGGAAGAAUCCCAAAGAGAAACCCUAGAAUUUCCCUGAACAUCUUUCUAAUUUCCACUCAAUAUUAUUCUGCUAGUAAACCCUAACCAUGGCCAUUGAUGGUGGAAAUCAAUCCCAAUCCCAUAAGUCUCACCGCUCUCGCCAGGCUGGUCCCUCCGCCAAAAAGAAGUCCAAAUCCAAUAAGAAGUCAAACAACCGGGACGCCGCCGCCGCCGCCGCUGCCAAUACAGACGAUAAUAAGCAAAAUCAACGCCAACAUAAUCCCAAGGCAUUUGCUUUUAAUUCAACUGUGAAAGCUAAGCGGCUGCAAGCGAGGGCGACGGAGAAGGAGCAGAAACGGCUUCACGUGCCGACUGUUGACCGGUCCACUGGAGAGCCAGCUCCCUUUGUCAUUGUUGUGCAGGGACCCCCUAAGGUGGGAAAGUCACUGGUGAUAAAAUCGCUUGUAAAGCAUUAUACCAAGCAUAAUUUGCCUGACGUUAGAGGGCCCAUUACAAUUGUCUCAGGUAAGCAAAGGCGACUGCAAUUUGUGGAAUGUCCUAAUGAUAUUAAUGGCAUGAUUGAUGCUGCAAAGAUUGCUGAUCUGGCAUUGCUUCUCAUUGAUGGAAGCUAUGGUUUCGAAAUGGAAACCUUUGAAUUCCUUAAUAUAUUGCAAAAUCAUGGGUUCCCUAAAGUUAUGGGUGUUCUCACGCACUUGGACAAGUUCAAGGAUGUAAAGAAACUUAAAAAGACAAAGCAACGGCUCAAGCAUCGGUUCUGGACAGAGAUAUAUGAUGGAGCUAAGCUAUUCUAUUUAUCUGGUCUUAUUCAUGGAAAGUACUCCAAGCGUGAGAUUCACAAUCUUGCACGGUUUAUUUCUGUUAUGAAGUUUCCACCAUUGUCUUGGCGACUUUCUCAUCCAUACAUCUUGGUAGAUCGAUUUGAAGAUGUUACUGCUCCAGAAAAAGUGCACAUGGAUAAUAAGUGCGACAGAAAUGUCACACUAUAUGGUUAUCUACGAGGAUGUAAUUUGAAAAAGGGAACCAAGGUACAUAUUGCUGGUGUGGGUGAUUGCAACUUGGCCGGUAUUACGGCCUUAGCUGAUCCUUGCCCCCUACCAUCAGCAGCUAAGAAGAAGGGACUGCGUGACAAGGAGAAGUUGUUUUAUGCUCCUAUGUCUGGCCUGGGAGAUCUCCUUUAUGAUAAGGAUGCUGUCUACAUAAAUAUAAAUGAUCACUUGGUGCAGUUUUCUAAGGAUGAUAAUGCAGAUGAUGGAGUAGGCCGAAAAGGAAUGGACCGCGAUGUUGGUGAAGUUUUGGUGAAAUCACUUCAGAAUACUAAAUAUUCAAUUGAUGAGAAGCUAGAAAAGAGUUUUAUCUCACUUUUUGGGAAGAAACCUAACAGUGUAUCAGAUAAACAAAGUGAUGUAAGAGAUAUUCAUGGCUCCAUGGAGAAUAAUGGGAAUAUGGAACUCAUGGAGCAGGAUCAGUCUGCAGCAGAAGCUAUGGAUAAUGCCUCUGAUGAAGACAAUGAUGCUGAUGACAAUGACAUUUCAGAUUUUUCAGAUGAUGAGAAAACUCUUCAAAUGGAUUUGACAACAAAAAUGCCAGAGGAUAGUUCUGGGGAAGAAGAUAAUCUUGCAUCAGACAAGCAGCCCUCUUCCAGAGAUAAUUAUACUGAACAGAUUGAUUUUCACGAAGGAAGGAUGAGGAGAAAAGCUGUUUUUGGAGAUGUUAGUGACGCUGAUGAUCCAAAGGAUUCUGAUGAUGAUGAUGAUGGUCGAGAUGGAAGUGCAUCAUCUUAUUCAGAGUCCUCGGAGGAUGACGCUAGUGAUCCUACUAGAGCCAAUCUUGAGAUGGGAAAUGCUUCUAAAUGGAAAGAAUCCUUGGUGGAGAGGACUGCUUCGAGACAGAAUGUUAAUCUCAUGCAACUUGUGUAUGGGAAAGCUGAUAAGACUUCAACUGCUUCAGUAAAUAGCACUGUAGAUGAAGAAAGUGAUGAUGAAUUCUUCAAGCCAAAGGGGGAGGGAAAGAAGAAAUCACAAGAAGGAUCAGAUGUUGAUAAUCUAAAUGCUGAAGAUUGCUCCAAGUUCACAAUAUCGAGUGGGAGGAACUGGAAGGAUGAAGAAGUGAUAGUAAACAUUCGUGACCGUUUUGUUACAGGAGAUUGGUCAAAGGGAGCUCGUAGAGGUCAAGUCUCAGAAGCUAUCGACGAUGAUGAGGAUGGUGAUGUCUUUGGUGAAUUUGAGGACUUGGAAACAGGUCAAAAGUAUGAGAAUGGUCAAGGAGCUGACAUCACUGAACGUGAUAUAAACAAGAAGAAUGAGGAUUUAGCAAAUGAGGAGCGGAGGCUCAAAAAGUUGGCACUUCGUGCAAAGUUUGAUGCUGAAUAUAAUGGAUCUGAUUCUCUUGAUGAAGAGAAUGAUGAUACGAAGGGCUCCAAGUUGAGUCAUAAUCAAGCUAAUGGCUCUGGUUUCUUCGAUAAGUUGAAGGAAGAGAUUGAACUUCGGAAACAGCUAAACAUGGCUGAGCUCAAUGAACUUGAUGAUGACACCCGGGUGGAGAUCGAAGGUUAUAGAACUGGGACUUAUCUCAGGCUGGAAGUUCAUGAUGUGCCCUGUGAAAUGGUUGAAUAUUUUGAUCCUACGCAUCCUAUUAUUGUUGGAGGACUUGGACAUGGGGAGGACAGUGUUGGAUACAUGCAGGUUCGCUUAAAGCGCCAUAGAUGGCACAAGAAAGUGUUGAAGACUAGAGACCCCAUAAUUGUCUCCAUUGGAUGGCGACGUUACCAAACUACACCAGUAUAUGUCAUCGAGGACAGUAAUGGUCGCUAUCGUAUGCUGAAGUACACUCCAGAGCACAUGCACUGCAUUGCCAUGUUUUGGGGCCCUCUUGCACCACCACAUACUGGUGUGGUAGCUGUCCAGAACUUAUCAAACAAUCAGGCAUCAUUUAGGAUUACGGCCACUGCUACUGUUCUAGAAUUCAACCAUGCUUCACGAAUAGUGAAGAAAAUUAAGCUUGUUGGUCACCCGUGUAAAAUUUUCAAGAAGACCGCACUUAUCAAGGACAUGUUUACUUCGGAUCUUGAAAUUGCCAGGUUUGAAGGUGCUGCUGUCCAAACCGUGAGUGGAAUUCGCGGUCAGGUUAAGAAGGCUGCAAAAGAGGAGAUUGGCAACCAACCCAAAAAGAUGGGUGGAUUUGCCAAAGAAGGGAUUGCACGGUGCACAUUUGAAGAUAGAAUUCUCAUGAGUGACAUAGUUUUCUUGCGUGCUUGGACUCAAGUGGAGGUUCCUUGCUUUUACAACCCCCUGACUACAGCCCUGCAGCCACGAAAUCAGACAUGGCAAGGAAUGAAAACGGUUGCCGAGUUAAGAACAGAACUAAAUAUUCCAGUUCCUGUAAACAAGGAUUCCUUAUACAAGCCAAUUGAAAGGAAACAGCGAAAAUUCAAUCCAUUAGUUAUCCCAAAGUCACUACAGGCUGCUCUACCCUUUGCGUCGAAGCCAAAGGACAUUCCUGCUCGAAGACGGUUACUUCUCGAAAAUCGUAGAGCUGUUGUCAUGGAGCCUCAUGAGCGCAAAGUGCAUGCUCUUGUUCAACACCUUCAGCUUAUUAGGAAUGAGAAGAUGAAAAAGCGAAAACUUAAGGAAGAGGAAAAGAAAAAAGCACAUGAAGCUGAGAAGGCAAAAGAAGAGCAGCUGUCAAAAAAGCGCACGAGAGAAGAGCGGAGGGACAGAUACCGGGUACAAGAUAAAUUAAACAAGAAAAUCCGGAGAAACUCAGGAUCAUGAUUCUGCGUUGCCAGUUCACUGUGAGUUUCAAGUGAGUGAGUUUCACUGAGACCGUCAUCUGUGGGAGUUUUGCAGUGUCUUGAGGGCGAAGAGGUUUAGCUCGUGAGUUCACCCGUGAGUGUAAAAUCCUUGUUAUCAGCCAUAGGCUUGGAGACUAAAUGGAAUAUUGGUUGGCCAUGGAUUUCUCGAGAUUGUAGGAUAGCUGUUAGUGUAUUGAAGAUUUUUGAGAUAUAACAGUCAAUAGCGAUGAUCAAUUUUGUAACUUUUUCUUCCCUAAGAUGGGAUUAGAUACGCUUGUAUGUUGUUGGUAGAAACAAGAUUCAUUAUUAAAGCACCUACUAUAUAUAUCGAGCUUAACCCCUGAAACUGUUGUUCUAUAUUUUGCCUUUUUUGGUCCAC